UCAACUUUAAAACAAUUCAGCAUAUCAAUUCUUUGAUAAAUUUGAAUCCUUUAGAAAAAGUAUAAAUUGAAUUAUCAAAUUUUGAGAAUAUUAAUUUAAAUGAAGGAAGUGUUAUUGAUUUGCAAUAAGGAUAGCUUUUAAUAGAUUAUACUAACUUUACUAAUAUAGAUUCUACAGGUUAUCCAUGUGCACUAAAUAUUUUGUAAGGAGAGUCUAUUUAGAUAAAAAAUAGCAAUUUCAUUAAUUUAGUAAAUUUGAUGAAAAUAAAAGAUUCAAAAAACUAAUUAUUGCAGUUGUUUUAAGGAGGUGCUAUACAGCUUUAGAACACAAAAACUGUAGAAAUAAAAUAUUCUUUAUUUAAAAAUUGCUUAGCUCUGGGAUCAGGGGGAGCAAUUUAUUCUUUUUAGUCUAAGCAAAAAGCAACAUUUGAGAUUUUUAUGACAUAGUUCAUUGAAAAUUAAUCUAUUUAAGAUUCUGGUGGUGCUCUUUAUUUCCUGUAAUAAACUGGAAUUAAUAUAACUUAGAGUAAUUUUACAAGUAAUUCGGCAUUAUAAUCAAAUGGAGGUGCUAUAUGUUUUUAAUCUUCAUCUCUAAUAGACUUUUAAACAACUAAUUUCUCACUAAACCAGGCAGAUAUUGGUGGAUCUAUUUAUUAUUCUGCAACCAGUUCAGAUUUAUUAAAGAAACAAAUACUAUCAAAAAAUAAAAUUUAUUUUGAAAAAAAUUAAGCAUCAUUUUAUGGUCAAAAUAUAGGCUCAAUCCCUUUUUGGUUAGGAAUUUCAGAAAAACCUAGUUAAUAAUACCUUAAAAUAGUUAAUAAAUAUAAAAUUAGUAAUAUUUCUAGCGGAAACUAUUUGGAUUAGCCGUUGUAUUUAAAUUUUAUAGAUGAAGAAGGAAAUCCUUUUAAUUUUUUAGGUACUUCAAGCUUAAAUAGUGUAAGGAAUGACUUUUCUUUAUAGUUAUAUUUCUAAAAUAAUAGUUAAAUUAUCAUUCAGUAAGGAAUAAAUGCAUAGUUAAACGAAACAAUAGGAUUAUUUUAAUUAAACUUUUAAUCGAUUUAUAAACUUUCUUAAACAUAGGAAAUCUAUAUUUUAUCUAACUAAAUAUAAUAAGAUAAGUAUCUUUAAUUAGCCCUUGAGUUAUAAUAUAGAGAUUGUAUAAAAGGAGAAACUAUUUCAGAAAAAGAUUAAUUUAUAUAGUGCAACCAAUGUGUCUAGGGUAGAUAUUCAUUAAAAAUUCCAAAUAUGUAAAAAGAUGCUAAUAACUUACAGUGUAUUUCUUGCCCAUAACAAGCAAGUUUCUGUUAAGGAAGUUAAAUCAUACUAAGGGACGGGUACUGGAGAGAAAACGAUUCAACAGAUUAAAUUUAUUCAUGUAAACUAAAUAGUUGUUCUUUUGGAAAUAAAAACAGCAAGAAUGGCUGUCUAGAGGGAUAUGUUGGACCACUUUGUAACAGUUGUGAUAGCAAAAUCAGUGUGUGGGAAUACUAAUAUGGAUUGAAAGAUUAAAACUGCUAUAUCUGUAAUGAGUGGAUACAGUAGUAUUUCUAUUUUAGUAUAUACUUUGCUGUAUACUUUGUCUAUAUUGCUUAUAGCCACCAUAAGAUAAUAAAAACUAAAAUCCUUAAGUACAAGCUCAUAAUUUUUAAGAAAAUUGAUCUAUUCAUCACAAGUAAGUCUAGCUCUCAAGGAAAAGAUUUUUCUCUUUUGUUUAAAAUAUUCAUAAACUAUUUAUAAAUUCUAUCAUGCAUAAUGUAAUUUAAUAUUACAAUUCCAAGUUUUUUUAAUCUUAGUUUGAAUAUAUUUGGAGAUCCAAUAUAGUUAACAGUAACUUCAUUUGAUUGUUUAUUUAAAAUGAGUGAUAAAUAUCCUGUUUGGCUAAAUAGAAUAGUUACUCAGGUAGUUAGUAUAAUAGCUAUUUAUUUUUUAAUAAAUUUAUCUCUCGUUAUAAUCACUGUGAAGGGAAGUAAUGACAAAAAAAGAGCAAUUGCAAAAAUACCUAAAUUCUUAACAAUGACAUUUAUUUUCGUUUAUGUAUUCUAUCAGCCUUCUCUAUCAAAAUUGCUGAUUUAGGGAAUUUUUUGCACACAAAUCGGAACAAAAUAUUACUUAAUAUCAGACUACAGCCAGUAGUGUUAUACGUACUAUCACAAACUUUACUCCUUCUCUAUAAUAAUUCCAUUAAUUGUCUUUUGGUGUUUUUUAAUACCAACAUAUAUUUUUUUCAAAUUAAAAUCUUUCCAGCAAAUAGAUCAUCAUUAAAACAUAAAGGGUGAAAAAAUUGAUAACUUGUUAACAUUUGGAAUAUUGUACGAUGGAUAUAAAACUAAAUUUUUAUAUUGGGAGAUUUUCAAAAUUUUCCAUAAAUUCAUCCUUAUGUCAAUAACAAACUUAAAUAUAAGCUAAUACACUUAAGUUUCAAUUAUACUUCUAACAACAACCUUUUAUCUUUAUACUCUAACAAAGAAUUAGCCUCAUAAAAAUGUAAAACAAUUUGAAAUAGAGAAAUAGCUCAUUUACAAGCUAUUAUAUACAUAUGCUUUGCUUUUAGUAAUUAUAAACGAUAACACUUAAUAAUCGAUUUACAAGAUAAUAGGAUUAAUUAUCGUAGCAUACAUAAAUUUAACAUCAUUCACAUUAGUAUUUGUUAUAUUAGUUGGAUAAAUUUAAAUUUAAAUUGAUGAUAUAGACUCUUAUUAUAAUUAUUUCAAGAAAUGUCUCUUAAAAAUUAAAAACAGAUACCCAAAUACAUUUAAAUUUUUAUAUUUCAGAAAAAUCAAGAUUAUUCGAAUCCAUUAAUUAUGGAAAAAAGUUAUUAUAUCCUUCAGAUAAAAUUUAUUUACAAGCAAAAACUUUUAUUCAAGUAAGACUUAAACUUUAGUAUAGCAAACUGAAGCAGCUAGAAUAUAGCAGCAUAUCAACUAAAAUAUAAUCAGAAAUACUGUUAUGAGCUCUUCAAAUAUCUUAUAGAAUUCAUAUGAAUUUAAAGAAAAUAUUCAUUAGAACUAACCAAUCCCAUAAUCUUUAAAAGUGUUACAGAUGUAAAAUAUUUCAAGGUCACCAAGUCUAGAUUCACUAAAUAGCCAUAAAAAUUCUUCUGAAGCAAAUAAAUUAACACGCAAAAGUUAAUUUAAAGAUCUGAUAUAAGAAGAUUAAUGAUUUAAAAUAAUGCUUAUUUUAAUUUGUAAACUUUUAUAUUUUAUAUAUUUUAUGUGUUUUUGAGUAAGAUUUUAAUUAAAAAAAAUAUAUUAUUAAAGAACAAGCA